CGCGGCGCCAGGCGGAGACGAAGCAAGGCGGGGCGGGGCGCGCCGGGCCGGUUGCUAAGACUUGGCGAAGCGCUGCGCUCGCGCCCGGAUCCCUCAGGCGGCUGCAGGCUUCAGCCUGCGCCGGUCGGUGAAACCAAGAUGUCAGAAAAGGAGAACAACUUCCCGCCGCUGCCCAAGUUCAUCCCCCUGAAGCCCUGCUUCUACCAGAACUUCUCUGACGAGAUCCCGGUGGAGCACCAGGUCCUGGUGAAGAGAAUCUACCGGCUGUGGAUGUUUUACUGUGCCACCCUCGGCGUCAACCUCAUCGCCUGCCUGGCCUGGUGGAUCGGCGGAGGCUCGGGGGCCAACUUCGGCCUGGCCUUCGUGUGGCUGCUCCUGUUCACGCCCUGCGGCUACGUGUGCUGGUUCCGGCCAGUCUACAAGGCCUUCCGCGGCUGGCUGUCGGCAGUCGGGUUCUUCCAGGAAAGCCCGGGCGCUGCUGUGGUCAUGCUGCUUCCGGCCAUCAUGUUCUCCGUGUCGGCUGCCCUGAUGGCCAUCGCGAUCAUGAAGGUGCACAGGAUCUACCGAGGGACCGGUGGAAGCUUCCAGAAGGCACAGACGGAGUGGAGCGCAGGCACUUGGCGGAACCCGCCAUCGAGGGAGGCCCAGUACAACAACUUCUCAGGCAACAGCCUGCCCGAGUACCCCACUGUGCCCAGCUACCCGGGCGGUGGCCAGUGGCCUUAGAGGAAGCCAGCCCUGCUGCCACCGCCCACCACCUCCUCCCCUUCAUUCCUGCUGCUACCCCUGGUCCUGAGGGCUGGGAGUACCUGGGGCCCCAUCCCUCCAGCUGGGAUGGUGGAAGCUGGUGGUGGCCAUGGACCACACCCCUCUUGCCAGGGCCACAGAAGCCAUGUUCAUCUCAUCCGAGAGCAGAGUUCCUUGCAAGCACUCCCCGGUGGCCCUCGGCCUCUGCCGUCCACGGGACACCCUCUUGCUCCCGGAAAUGUGUGGUCACCUGCCGUCCACUGCGCGGCCGGUAUGGCCUCGUCUUCAGGUCUCGAGGCCUGACUCCGGGGGACAGGUGGCAGCAGGUCGGCUGCCCUCCCGUCCUCCCAGAGCUGCUGGCGCUGAGGCCAGAGUAGCUCUGAUGGGGAGCUCCAUCUCACACCAGCCGCCCACCGUCACCAGGGCAGAUGCCCUUGGCUGGACCUAAGAAGAGGCAUCGGGGCCAGCUCCCGGUCCUCUGCAGUGAUAGAGGGCUUGGUGCCUAGCCGAGUCCUCGCUGUCCCCGCCAUCCCCUGAUCUGUGCGGUUCCAGCUUCGCCCCCUCCCCACAUUCCCCAUAGCUGGGGAGCGCCUGGUCCAGGGUGUCCUGGGGCCACCCUCCCUGCCCCCGAACCAGGGAUCCCUGGCAGGCCCUCUGUCGAUGCCCCCGCAUUCAGGACCCAGGCCAGGCCGGCAGCACAGCCGCUCCCUAACCCCAGCAAACUGGCAGAGAGCCGGUUUCCAGCAGCUGGAGCCCUGCAGGAGCGGCCUUUUGUGUUGUGUGUGUAUGUGUAUGUUUUUUUUUUUUUUGAGACAGAAUUCCGCUCUGUUGCCCAGGCUGGAGUGCAGUCAUGUGAUCUUGGCUCACUACAACCUCUGCCUCCCGUGUUCAAGCAGUUUUCCUGCCUCAGCCUCCCGAGUAGCUAGGCUUACAGGUGCCUGCCACCAUACCCAGCUAAUUUUUAUAUUUUUAGUAGAGAUGGGGUUUCACCAUGUUGGCCAGGCUGGUCUUGUAUUCCUGACCUCAGGUGAUCCGUCUGCCUUGGCCUCCCAAAGUGCUGGGAUAAUAGGUGUGAGCCACCGCACCCAGCCUGGAGUGGCCUUUUAUGAGGAGAGGGGACCCGUCAAAUCUGUGCCUUAUGGAGGGGUCCGGCAGCGGCUACAAUUGUCUUGUCCCCUCCACCCCCCGACUGCCCCCGGAACACCUCCCCCAGACGUUUUCACAGCACCGUUCCCAGCGGUUGGGCCAAAAAGAAAUUUUUUCUUCUUCAUUUCCUGCACUCGCUGACCACGACUUUGGACACCUCAGGCUGCCGCCCCUCACCACCCGUUCACCCCCAGAGUGCUGUUGCCAUGGGACGCCUGCUGCCUGGAGCUCUCCCCGGGAUGUGGGCCAGUCCCCUCGCUGGUGCGGAAUGCCGCUGGGUGCCCGGAGGCGGCCGUGGUGUCUCAGUGGACGGCAGCCAGGAUGGAGCACCCAUGGGUCCCGCGCCCAUGCUUUGGGGUCUUCAGGUCCUGCCCGCCGGCCGACCUGCCAAGAGGCACCCCGUUCCUCGGCCUCUCAGCUGCACUGAUGCAGACAGUCUCCCCUGGCAGGCCCACCCCACCCCUCCCCCACCGUCUGUGGCCCCCUUGCAGCAUUGCUGGGGUUUUGUUAUGUGAAAAUAUCCUGGAAAUAAAUACAUGUUUCUGCGCUUAGA